AUGACAGAGAAAAGAUGUUGUGUACCAGAAUGUAAUGUUACUCGUGGUGACCAGAUCACAUUACAUACUUUUCCCAAUCCUGACAAAGAACCUGACCGAUUUAGGUCCUGGAUAUAUGCUGUGAAAGGUGACAUAUUAUCAUUAGAUAACCAAAUUAUUUAUAAGAGAAGAAGAGUGUGUCACAACCAUUUUGAGACCAAGUAUCACACAUGGACAAGAUCUCUUAGCCCUAAUGCUGUUCCGACUUUAAAUUUGCCAGGAAUGGCUGUAUCAAAAAAGACAUUGUUAGAUAGG